UUCCAGAUCGAAAGAAACGAAUCGUGGAAGAAGAAGAACACGAAGAAGGAAAAUAUCGAAGAAUCAAAUCGGAAAGGUAGAAGAAGAAUCGAGUCGGAAAAAAUGGAAAACAAGAGUAACAACACCGAGUCCGAUGUCAACGCUAAAUGGGACGCAUGUUUCGAUCUCACUGCUCGUCGUUUCGUCUACUCUUCCCUCGGCGGCGCUUUCGCCGGUCUUCUCUUCUUCAGGAGUCCGGUUACAAGAUGGGCUUCGAUUGCGUUUGGUGCUGGAAUUGGUAUUGGCUCUGCAUACACAGAUUGUUCUCGUGUUUUUGACGCAUCGUCUUCAACUUCAGCCACUCUAUUAGCUCCCAGGAGUUCAACAGAGGCUCCUGUACCUCAGGCAACAGAAGAGUAAAGACAACAGAGGAAGCUCGAAGGUAAAAAACCCAAACAUUGAUAGGGUUUUACGAAAUGGUUGUUAAUCUUGCAGGACAAGGCUUUUGAGAUAUAUGCCAUUGUUAAAAAACCUUUUACUUCUCAGUGAGUUUUGUACACUGAUGUCAAAAAUGUUAUUGACCCACUCAUUUUCUUUCUUCUUGGGGGAAAAAAAGUUAUUAUUAUGUUCUUCUCUAUUAGAAAGAAACACAGAGUAAUAAGUCCUCCGGUUUGAUUUUGUUU